AUGCCGCCUCGUCAACCGUCAGUACCCUGGGAACCACCAGAGAGGCCUUGGUCACGCGUGCACAUCGACUUCGCUGGCCCACUUAACGAAGUCUCCUACCUAAUCUUGGUUGACGCCUACUCGAAAUGGCCCGAGAUUUCUCCGCUGAAUCCAGCAACCGCAUCUGCCACUAUCGCCUUCCUACGACGCAUCUUUAGCCAGCAUGGCUUACCAGAAGUCCUGGUUUCAGAUAAUGGCUCUCAGUUUACUUCGUCUUCGUUUGAGGAUUUCUGCCGCCAGCACAACAUCCAGCAUCUUCGCUCCCCGCCCUACCAUCCUCAGUCUAACGGUCAGGCGAAGCGUUUUGUCGACACGUUUAAGAGAGCCCUCUUGAAAGCUCGUGGGGAGGGGACCACGGACGAUAUAGUGCAGGCAUUCCUGUUUUCCUACAGGACAACACCGAACCCGGCGUCCCCUGGUGGCGUUUCUCCUGCCGAAGCGUUGAUGGGCCGAAAACUGCGUACAACGUUUCAUGCUCUCGUCCCUACCGGUGCGCAGCCCGCCCAGACUUCUCCAGUCUCUCGCAGCAAGCUCUCCAUCGGAACACCUGGCUUCGUUCGUGAUUAUUGA